AUGGAAGAAGAACGUAUCCAGAGAGUCAUGGCCCAGCUGAGCGGAGCCGUCACUCACCUACACUCGUUGGGCUUCGUUCACCGCGACAUCAAACCAGAGAACAUCUUCCUGUGCGACAGUUCCUGCCGCUGGGUAAAACUGGGCGACUUCGGCCUGGCACGGGCCGUAGGAUCCACUGUGCGUGCUGUGUGGUACGAAUCACCCUUUUGCACUCCAGAGGUCGAGCCAGCCAAAGAGGCAGACAAGGAGUGGGAGAGAAGGCAAGAACAGGGCACAGAGGAGGAGAUGGAGGACCUUUGGAUCACAGUCCAACCCAGUAUUGAUAGUUGGGCUUUGGGCGUGCUAACUUACUGCCUGCUAACCGGCUGCUUCCCCUGGGAGGAAAGCACGCACGAUGACCGCAGGUAUAGAAAAUACAAUGACUGGUUUGAGACUGAGCGAGAGCGAUGUCACGACAAGACAGACUGCUACACAAUCAUGGAGGAGCAUUACAUGGAUAACCCACCCCCUUCGCAGUUCCACGGCAUCAGCCCCCUGGCCAUAGCCCUGUUUAAAGAGCUGCUGAACCCAGAGCCCAAGCAGCGUGGUAGCCCAGAGGAGAUCCUCAGCUACCUGGGCGGCCCCUGGCUCAUGGACAGUGAGAGGGAGCAGAGGAGGAAGGUAGAGGAGGCUCAGAAAGAGGCCCAAAAGAUGCGAGAGACUGGGGGUUUGACGGAUGAGCUGCUCAGGGAGGGAAAGGGUGAAAGAUAA